AUGGACCACAAGAGCCUCCAGUAUAUUUUUAAGCAGAAGGAGCUAAAUUUGUGGCAGAGAAGAUGGCUGGAAUUAUUGAAAGAUUAUGAUGUCGAUAUUUUGUAUCAUCCGGGGAAAGACAAUGUGGUAGCUGAUGCACUUAGCCGCAAGUCCAUGGGCAGUUUGACUGAUGUUCCACCAAAUAAAAAAGAAUUAGUUCAUGAGAUUUAUCAAUUAGCCAGUCUUGGUGUUCGUUUGGCCGACUCUAAAGAUACCGAGAUUUCUAUCCGAGAUAUUACUAAAUCAUCACUUAUGGAAGAGCAAGCAGUUGAUAAAGUAAAGCUUAUUCAGGAGAGGUUAUUGGCUACCCAGAGUCGACAAAAAUCAUAUGUAGAUAAGCGACGUCAACCACUAGAGUUUCAGAUUGGCGAUUGGGUAUUUCUAAAGGUGUCGCCUAUGAAGGGUGUGAUGAGGUUUGAUAAAAAGGGUAAGCUUAGUCCGCUGUAUAUCGGACCUUAUCAGAUUACUCGAAGGAUAAGCGAAGUCGUCUAUGAGCAAGACUUACCAUUCGAUCUAGAGGCAGUGCACCCGAUAUUUCAUGUGUCUAUGCUUCGUAAAUAUGUUGGUGAUCCCUCCAGAAUAUUUCCUAUAGAAGAUGUGCAGAUAACGGAGGAGCUAUCUUAUGAAGAACAACCCGUAGCCAUUUUAGAUCGGCAAGUGAGAAGAUUACACACUAAAGAUGUACCUUUUGUCAAGGUUUUGUGGCAAAACAAUAACCGAGAAGAGAUGACCUAG